CUGGGCCGCGCGCCCAGCCGCGACCCUUCCAGCUGCACCAGGCGGCUCGUUUCCCUGCGCAGCCGGCCAGGGCGCGGUCUAGCCCGGGCUCCCGGAGCCUGCUUAGGUAACGCGGCUUGCAGGGCUCCCUGCCGCGUGGGAGCCGCUUACAAAACACGCCGCUGUCAGUCAAGGGGCGGAGGCCUCGCAAGGCUUCCACCCAGGGGAUCCCCCCGCGCCUCCCCCAGCGCGCCCAGGGCAGAGGCUGGCUGGUGGGGGCGCAGCUCCGGAGCCGGGCCCGCAGAGCGGGGACCCUCCCGGCACAGGGCUGUGGCCAGAGCCCGGCUGGGGUCGCGGAGACCCGCGCUCGCCCGGCUCCGCUCUGGCCUUUGCUGGGGGCUGUCGGGAGAGCCCGGCCGCUGGUACUGCCCCAGGGACCCAGAGCGGCCCGGCCUCGGGGCCCCGCCCGCUGGUGCCCGCGGGGGUGGAGUUUCCUCGCGUGGGGGGAGACUUCCCCAGCGCGCUGCUUGCGCAGAGCGGCCGGGAGAGGCGGGCCCGGGAGCCCGGAGCGGCGGGCGGGGAGGAGCGCAGGGACCCCAGAGCCCGGCCGGACGCGCGGGGCUGGGGUCACGAUCCAUGUGGGUGCUUCUCAUCGGACCGUUACCUUUGACAUGGCUGGCUGGCUCAGGAGGCUCCUGCAGAAACCCAAGCAAAGCUCCAGCUCCAGAGGAAGCAACUUGAAUGCUGUCUCCAACCAGGCACCCUACUCCACUCCCUCCUCCUCCUUGGAGACAGCUGCCAGCUUUUCCACCAGCAGUUCCGUGGUCACCCUGGGACAGCUGCCUUCCACCUCCCCGGUGAGCAUGAGCAGCUCCGGGAGUGCCCGCUGGGCCAAGAGCUACGACGUGUGCAUCUGCCACAGCGCCGAGGACUUGGAGUUUGCUGAGGAGAUGGUCUCCUAUCUGGAGAGCCAGCCCGAGAGCAUCCGGUGCUUCCUGCAGUUGCGGGAUGCCGUGCCGGGGGGCGCUAUCAUGACAGAAUUGUGCAGUGCCGUACACAACAGCCACUGCUGGGUCCUGCUAAUAACCCCCAACUUCCUCGAGGAUUCCUGGUGCCGGUACCAGAUGCAUCAGGCACUAGCAGAGGCGCCCAUGGCCAAUGGGCGCAUCAUCCCCAUACUGAAGGGCAUUGACCGGAAAGACUACCCCCAAGAGCUGAGGUGCCUCUAUUACAUCAAUGUGACGCUCCAGGAGAACGGCUUCAGGCAGAUUAGAAACACAAUCCUGUGCUACCUGCGGGAGCUCUGUUGAAGCACCACAAGCAAACAGCGUGACCGGAGCCUCGCACGGGAAGUGAGCACCUCCAGAAAGCAGGGAAAUGGAACAAGAUUCCAGGCGGGCUGCGACUAAGUUCCUGAUCCUCAAAUCACCUACAGGUUGGCAGAAGGGAACUGAUUCUCGCAAGGGCUUCUGAAGAGAAGUCUUUCUCUCGCAUCGGGCAGCUCUGCACCAUGAAAGAAGUCCUGCUGAGAGGACACGCAAAACGUCUAACACCAAUGGAGAGUGAGGCUCACAUAGAGCUUCUGGUACUAAAGACUUGGAAGAAAUAUGAGGCUUGUUCCAGGUUGUACUCUGCGGUGCAGAGGACUUGGCUGGAACCUGCAGCUGGAGUGUUGGUGACUCCACAAGGCAGCAAAAGGGAGAGGAAAGAUGGCUGAAUGGAGUUUACUCACUUCUCAUUUGGGGAAUAGGGAGUGUAGUUGAGGUUGGCUUACCCACUUCUUUUCUUCCCGCCACCCCAGGGACUCCUGGUCAUUCUAUGACUAUUGAGGUUAGUGAUAGACUCCUCAUGUAGGGUCCUGCAGCCUAGGCAACCGUGUCAGAUCCUGACCCUGCAUUGCACUAAUACACAGUGCCAUGCUGCACUGCCACAUUUACAGCCUCAGGGCAAUAUGCUGUGCCCCUUAGGCCAGGCUGCUUCCCUGCUCUCCUGGCAGCUCUGUCAGGAUUCUCUGCAUUGGGAUGGAACGGCAGGAGACUGCAGCAACUGAAGAUCUGCUCCGUCCCUUGGGGUUGGAGCUGUAAGUGGCUCUAGAGCCAAGUGGCCUUGCUGAUUUAAAGGUGUGUCAGAUGCCCUAAGUAGCCAGGAGGGCUUGGCUAGGAGUUGUAACUAACUAACAUGGUUUUCAAAACACACCGUAUACCCCACUCCAUACAGGCCCUAAGAACUGACCCCCACUGGGUACAGUGUAGACAGUUUGUCCAGCUCUGUCCUAGAAAUCCAUUCACUGUGGGGCUGACAGAAACCACCUUCCAUUCAGUUCUGUCAAGUCACGGGCUGAAAUCUGCCUCUGCCCGCCCCCCUCUCUUGCCUUAUACAGAGAGACCAGUGUGUGUCCUGGGAAGUCCAAGAGUCUCUUCCGCUGAUGUUCAUUAAUUAGGGGAAAAUGGAUUGUUGUGUCUCCCCUUACCAGUGUCUAAGCAUCUUUACUGUGAGAGUCCUCACAUGCCCCUUGAGUCAGGGCAAGGCUCUUAUCCCCAAACCGGUGCGGAAAAGCCACGUGACUUGUCCUGGCUCAUGUAGGCAGUCUGACAGCAAGUUGGAACGCAGGUCCCCCCUGUCGUAAACUAGCACUUUACUUGUUGGGCCACCCUUCCUUACAAGGAGCUGCAGGGCAGCUAAAUCUCUAAUGACCUUCCAAAAGCCAGUUAGGAGCUGUCACAAUACAGACGCUUGCCCUUGUUAAAUUACUCCACACCCCAAGGAGCACAGUUGCUGACGUGAGGUGCGUGUGGUAGGCUCUGGGGCUGGUGCACCCAACAUAACCCAUAAGAAAAAAUAGUAGGUGCUCAGAUCCACCGGCCACAGCUGUCUGGGUGGCAGCCACCAAUCAGCUGGGGAAGACGCUCGGCAGAUAGUGGAGAGCAGCAGGUGAGCAGGACCUGGGGGGAAGAGCUGGAGCGGGGUAGGAGGAGGUGGGGUGUCAGGAGAGAGCAGAGCUUGGCAGGAAGAAGUGGAGCAAGGGUGGGGCCUUGGGACAGAGCAGGGGUGGAGCAUCUCUGGGGGUGGGGGGGAUAAAACACAGCAUGUAUGCCAAGGAGUAUAAACUGACAGGACUGAGAUACUCCUGAUGAGGAGCUACCCAUCGUUGGUAUGUGACGCGUAACGUCACUUUGGUUUUUACAAUUGUAAUUUAAACUGGUGUACAAACAAAUACA